CUCAAAAAGGCUGGUGUUAAUUUUAAUGGUGUUUAUACGAUUGAUCCCGAUGGUCCGAAUACUGGAUUGGAUCCAUUCUCGGUUGUAUGUGAUAUGACAUCAGAUUUGAAAAUGGGUUAUUCAACAAUUCAUCACGAUAAGGAGGAAGAUGGAAAUGUGAACAACGCCGAGGAGCACGCCACAUUCCAAGUUAAUAUCACCUAUGACCUCACGUCAGAACAGAUAGCAGCUGUCAAAAACGUAUCAUCUUCAUGUAGACAAUUUAUUAAGUACGCAUGCAUUGGGUCACUGUUUAAUGGCAGAGGCAUAUAUGAAGGCAAAUAUCACUAUUGGAUCUCAUUUGAUGGACAAAUUAUGCACAACUGGGGAGGAGUUCCAACGGGAACGACAGGAUGCGCAUGUUGGAUGACGAGAACUUGUGACAACCCUACCUACCGUUGUAACUGUGACGUCAACGAUGGUGUUCCACGUCAGGAUCACGGUUACCUUACCGAUAAAGCAGCAUUACCUGUCUUGGAGCUUCGUUUUGGCGAUACUGGGUCUCAAACAGAAAAAGGUGUCUAUACUCUCGGACCAUUGCAAUGUGCCUAAAGCUUGGUUUCCUUACAAUUGCUAUACGCUAUCGUAUACCUCCUAUAGGUGGUUAGUACCCCCGACAACGGGGCUCUUAGUCGCAUAGUUUCUAUCAAGUUAUCAUUUUAAAUAAAGAAUACCAUAACUUCAACACAAUUUUCCCUGACGGGGAGGGAGUGUGCACCCCUUGUCGGGGAGCUUGGACCCAGCGUCAGGGAAUUCCUGGCGCCACCCAUGGGCUUUACUUUGUACAAAGAUUGCACCGGAAAAAAAAUGUAGUAAUAGCCGAUUACAUAGACUAACAUAAUACCAAUAAUGAUGAUAUAUUCCAUAUAAUAGAUUUCUAAUGUGUUUACUGAUUUUAAUUUUCAAUAGCUAUUUGUGAAAUUUGUACUUUUAAAUUUUCAAAUAUAAAAAAAGAGUAAUAAUAGGCCCUAUAUUAAUAUAAUAUAAUAAUAAGUCUACAUAGUAAGUGUAAUGUAAUAACUAUAAGGUAACAAUUUAAGUAUUUAAUCAUUUUAAACCUGAAAUAUCAAAAAUGUUGUUAACAGCAGAUGUAAGGCCCACCAGAAAAAUUUAUAACUAAGAUAAACACAAUAUAUUUCAUUUUUAUAUUAUGUGUCCAUAUAUAGGUCUAUAUAAUAUACCAAGAAAUCUCCUGCACUUAGACAUCUUUGCCACAUCACAAUCAGAAUUAAGUAUUCACUCACUUGUUCAUUAGCUUGUGUUGUGUGGUACCAUUUUCUCUCGUCAAGUAAAGCCGGGCAUCCACUAGUAACACCAUACGGUUGUCGGCCGACGCGAUUCUAUGAAGAACGCAACGCUCAUUGAGAGCAGGGUUGCCAUUUGGCCUUUUUGACGGCCAGAUUCCUCAAAUCUGGCCGUAUAAAAAUUUGCCUGGCCGUAUCGU